UUCUGUAAUUUUUUCAGCUCUGCCUUUUGUCCUACCCUCUAUGCUCUUGUCUGGCGCGCUUGGUGUUUUUUGUUCUCAGUGAGAACAUAUGUACUUAUGGUUGGCAAAACUGUAUUAACAUGAAAACUAAAGUGACAGUAGUGACAUGAGUUGUCAUGAAAUGUCACCUGAUUAGGUGUUUCACAAUAAUAUUUUUAACUAUGACACCGAGAAUGAAGAAGUGCAAAGUUAGGUAGUAUAGUAAAAAAUAAAUCAAAAUGAACAAUGGGGAGGAGCAAUGGACGCUGUAUUCUGCUGCUCAACAUUUGCCGGCUGUUUUGAACGACCCAAACCGUGGAAAACAAUUAAACUUUUUCACGAGAACAUGGGGAGACACGUUUGUAGAAAAAACAGAAAUUCCAAAAAGUCCUUUUUUGCCAGAAAUAACCUAUGCCCAUCUAGAUUCAUACAUAAGGAAAUAUGGAAAGAGAUACAAAAGACAUGUAAGGCUAUCUGAUGUAAAAUUUGAUGAGAACCUGAGGGCCAAAAGUAAAACAGACUUGCUGAAUAACGAAUUAAAUACAGAUUGCAUUCCUGAAAUAUUUUUGAGACAGAAUUUUAACCUCAACAACCCCAAAGUGUUCAUUCAAGUGUUCCAUAAGAACGAGAAUAGAGACGAACAUGAACUACAAGAAGAGCUCAGUCACUACCUGGACAUUGUCGAAGUACAAAUUGCCAAACAAGUCUCACAAAAAUCUGGUGCUUUUUUCCACGCCAUGACAUCUCAUGACACCAUUAUGGAGCAGAUGGGAGUAGCUAGUGGUGAAGUGAGAUUGUUAAGAUCCAAAGUACAAAAAGUGAAUAAAACAUUAGCUAAAGACUCCCUUAGAUUGAUAGGGUUAGCCAGGUCUAAAUCUAAUCAUGUCACUUUAGUGGAUAAGCUUAAGCUGAUGUCCACCGUUCUGCAAACGCAACCCACUUUACAGCUGCUGUUGAGUUCUUCUGAUUACGUUGGGGCUUUGGAACUGAUUUCUAGUACACAAGAAGUUUUAGCAAAAGAGUUAGCAGGAGUUACUAGUCUACGAUACCUCCCCUCGCAACUAAAGGAAAUGCUCAAACUGAUCAGCAAAAUGUUAAGCACCGAGUUCGAGCGAUACGCCGCCGCCGACCUGCACCGGCCGCUCGACGGCAUUGGCGGCGUUCUUGAGCCUGAACGGCUAACCAGCCUCGUCGCCGGACUGCUGCGCGAGAGACACCUGCAAUUCUUGGAGACGUACAAGCAAGAAGCGGUCACGGCUGCGCAGGCGUUACUCAAACAACUGAUGAUCGAGCAGCUGGCCGACGCCGAAGACGAUCUGGAAAGUCUCACGGGGUCCGGAGAGGUGGCGCCAUCCAUGGACGCCGCCAGGUGGCUUAGCGUGCUGAAUCUCGCCAGUGAAGCCCUAGGUAAGCUUGUUCAAAGGGUGAAGGCGGUUCACGACGUCAUCAGAGAAACAGCGGCGGCGAGUGCGGGACUUUCCGCCACUCCUUCGGAAACGGAAAACUUCCUAACCGGCGGAGAACAUCAAAGAGUGGAAUCGAAACUGAAAGAAAUCCUGAUUUCCGUGUGCGAUUAUUGCAACGAACGUCUCGCCUCGCUGGUGAGCCAGCAGUCGGACAAACAAACGAUCACGUCUACACAAAUCACGGAGCUGUCGGCCAUCGUGGAAAUUUUCACGGAAAAGUGCGAAGUGAUAUGCGGUAAGCAAAGCCCGUCGUUGAAGGCGGCAUUUAAAAUACAAGCGGGCAACUACGUGCACAAGUUCCACAGUCAACGCAAACACAAACUGACUCUUCUGCUGGACGCGGAACGGUGGAAAAGCGCCGACGUACCCCUCGAAAUUCAAGUACUAGUCGAUAAAUUGGCAUUGGGCGGCAUCGUCAAGUCGUUACCGGGCUCGCCAACCGAGUCUAUAACAAUCAAAUACGACAGCAAAGCGGCUGUUUCGUUGACAGUCGGGAGUCAGCAAUACAUAACGAUCGGCACUAGCUUGAUCCUCAUUAGUUUGGUGAGCGAGUACUGCGUGUGCGCGUACGACUUGCAGAUGCUCGCGCCGGUGAUCGGUAGAAAUUUAGCGGAACUACUAAGAACGUUCAACUCGCGCUCGUGUCAGUUGGUGUUGGGCGCAGGCGCGUUAAAAACGGCGGGGCUAAAAACUAUUACGAGCACCAACUUGGCGCUCGCGUCGAGAUCGCUGCAGUUGCUUUUGUGGCUCAUAAACAGCGUUCGGUCGCAUUUUACCGGUCUUACUAGUGAUCCUCUGUGUUGUUUCGAUAUCGUCGAAAAAGAUAUCGGACAUCAUAUCCAGCAGUUGGAGACCAAAGUGCUUUCCAUAAUGAAUUCGUUGCUGGGCGAUCAGCUAAACGAAUGGGAUGCCAAACCACCAGUUCCUUCAAAGCAAUUUAGAAAUAUUUCCAGGCACCUCAUAAAGCUGCAUGAAGCUGUCAGUUCUGUUUUGCCCAUAGAACAGGUUAGUGAUAUUUAUGAAACGAUCAACAAAAACUUCAAAACGUGUUUGAGAGACCAACUGUUAAAAAUGAACAUUCAAAACAACGGCGGACCUCAGCAUGGAGUUGUCACAACGGAAAUUAUAUUCUAUAUGGAAACCAUGAAAAAUCUGAAAGUAUUAUCGGAUAAAUAUUUUAAUGAUAAAGCCAUGGACGAUAUAUGGGUGCGGUAAUAUUUAGUCGGAAUUAUAAGUUAAGCUUCGUAUAUUUAUUAAAUCAAUUUGUAUAGUAUUAUAUGUGAUUGCGGUAUACCAAUUUUAUUAUCAAAGGUCUUGUAUAUAAAAUAAUAGAUUUUAACUACU